AUGCUUCUUCGCCCUCGAAUUAUCCUCCUCUUCCUCUCACUCCUUUCGCUUCAUCCUCAUUCAAAUCUUUAUGCAGUACUACAAAGGCAUUAUCUCUUGCCACUUCAACACCUGCACUCCGCUCAUCGUACUUAUCUACCAUCUGGUUCAUCGGGUAUGUUCACUUACUGCGCCGAUUUUGCCGACCCUGACGUGCUUAACAGAAGUGCGCGAUUAUUUAUUCCCGUGAAGUCGAGUAAGAUGAGCUACUCGUCCGAACAUAGCGCAAAGGCAUCAGACGGGUUGGAAAUGGUCUCCACGGAUGAGUUUCUUCGCCGACUUGGCCCAGAAGGACGCCGCUCUUUUGCCGCUACUGCCCAAAAGAACAUCACUACGGCCCAGAAUAACAUCGCUGCUUAUGAAGAAUACGCAUCCAGAUACCCUAUCGAGACAGCUUACGACAACAUUCAGCUGAGAGGCAUCGCCAAGACAGAUGGAACCUCCAUUACCAAAUCUUCACAGGACAUGGACAAUGUUGUUGAAAGUGCGCGUCUGCUGGAGCGUCUUGAGGCUCUGGAGGCCUUCCAGCGUGCCAUGGAGGAGAAGACCACCGACUUGGAGGAUAUGCAGCUGGAGGAGCGUAUUGAGGCUUUGGAGGCCAGCCUGCGGGAUCUGAGCGAAAAGGUCGCCGAGCGGGAGGGGAAUUCAGGUAAACAAACAGCAGUAACGCACAGAUAA